AUGACCAUCUUCAAGAGGAUGAAGACUAUUUUGCCCGGUUGUGUUUUUCUGUGGGCGAUGUUGCAGCGCGGCAUUUUGCAGGUUGUUGAGUUACCUGACGCAGUGUUGAACUGCUGUGAGGGCGACAUUCUCCUCUUAUUGGACUCUUCGGGAAGCGUGGCCAACUAUGAGUUCUCCCAGAUGCUAGGCUUCACUGCUAAGCUUCUUCGGCCCUUCACGCUUGGCCGUGGCCACGUCAGGGUUGGGCUGCUGCAGGUGGGGACUGAUCCGAAUCUGGAGUUCGGCUUGGAUGUUCACAGCAAUCAGAGAAGUCUUCAGAAAGCACUGCUCGGCAUCACACAGUUGCACGGAAGCACCAACACGGAAGCGGCACUAAAAGUGGCCCAGCAGCUUCUGACAGAUACGCGUGUGCCCAAGGUUAUGCUCUGGCUGACGGAUGGUGUCGAGCUGGGCGAGGUGGAAGAGCCAAUAGCGCAGCUGAAGGUGCAAGGGGUUUCUGUGUUAAUUGUGUCCACCGUGCAUGGAAACUUCCAGGUGUUGCAGCGUGCCGUCUCACCUCCUAUAGAGUCACAUCUCUACUCUGUGGACAUAGACAACAUUGACAUCAUCACAGAAGAAAUGAGAGCAGCCAUUAUCCGAAUCAUUCGAGCUGAGCGACUUCGUGCCAUUGACAUAACAUCCACCAGUGCUGUACUGCAGUGGCGCCCUGUUUUAAGCACACUUGGUGGCUACUAUGAGCUGUGGUAUAACGCCAUUGCGAAUACAAAUCCAGAGGAUAAACGUAUCCUCCGUGGAGAGUCCAGCUCAGUGGAGCUGACCAAACUGAGACCUGGGACGACCUAUUCCGCCUUCCUGCGACCCGAGUCCAACCAGAGGCUUUUCAACACCCUCACAGUGAGCUUUACUACACUUCCCGAGGUUUUAAGCCCAGCCGUGGUCUCGGUGUCUGAAUCUGUCCCCCGUCAGACCCGAGUGAGUUGGGGUCCCCUGCAGCCAUCUCUGAUUGAGAGAUACACAGUGGAGUACGGAGCAAUUCCAAGCGGAGCGCCUACAACUGUGAUAGUACAGAGCAACCAGAACUCCACUGUGCUCACCCACCUGGAGCCAGGAAUUGAGUACCUUGUUACAGUCAGUGCUUUGUACAAGAAUGGAAAAGAAAGAGCCAUGUCUGUGAAAGCUUGCACUCAAAAAGCAGCAGCGACUCUGCCACCCCUCACUGACCUUCAGACGACCUCAUUAACGAACAAGGAGGUGCAGGUGGAAUGGAAGGCCCCACAGCAGGGCCUGAAAGGAUUUUGGCUUCGCUGGGAUAAAGGAGACACCCAUGAUCCCUCUUCAACAUACCUGCCGCCGUCUUCACACUCAACAAGACUCACACACCUUGCUGCCAACAGCCGUGUGUGCGUAUCCCCCGUUUACAGUUCUGGCCGAGGAGAGGGCAUAUGCUGCUCGACAGACAAUUUAAUUGGUUAG